ACCCACCACCAACCAACCACGAACUUGAUCAUGCCGACAGCCUACCAACUCAUCAAUCUAUUCCUGCUCCUCGGAUCCACCCAAGCCACCACUGCCAUCUCAUCAAACCCGAGGUCUUCGAACGACUUCUCUCCAAUCUCUCAGCCCUCCCUACUCCGAGCAGCCGAGCUAUUUCAAAAUAACGGCCGACCCCCAGGCUGUCCACCCUGUCCAGAAUGCUUCAACUGUCAACUACCCAAGUUUAACUGCAAACAGUUUGGGAUCUGCAGCGAAUACGAUGGCCAAUGUAAAUGUCCAUCCGGGUUCGGUGGUCAGGAUUGCGGUGAACCAGUUUGUGGAAGUCUGGCCGAUGGAGAUCAACGUCACGUCCGACAGGAUAAUUCAACUAGCUGUAAAUGUGACGAGGGUUGGACUGGGAUCAACUGCAACGUCUGUGAAACUGAUCAAGCUUGCUCUGCCCUGGUACCCUCACUCGAUCACUCUACCGGCCGGCCAACUCAUCCCAGCUCCAGUCACCUUUCAACCUCUGAAACACCUUCGAACAAAUCCGAAGCUGUGUGUUACAAGGGUGGAUAUACCGUCAAGGAGAGCUAUCAAAUGUGCAAUGUGACCAAUCGCAAAAUCCUCGACAUGCUACCCGGAAGGCCACCUCAAGCUUCUUUUACAUGUGACACGAACAAGUCCUCAUGUCAAUUUCAAUUCUGGAUUGGCUACAUCGAAUCCUUCUAUUGUGCAUUUGAUGAUUGCCAGCAAUCGAUUGAAGUUGGCUACGAAGGUCAACCCAACAUCACCCGAAAUGAAUGCAAGAAGAUGCAGUGUAAAUGUAUUCCUGGUCGAAUGUUAUGCGGGGAGUCUGGUAGUGUGGACAUCAGCGAUUUUUUGUCUGAGGAGAUCAAGGGCCCCGGUAAAUUCUCUUGCUCAUCCGACCGAGGGGGCUGUCAGUUUGAAGAGCCAGCAAUGAACCAGUUGAUCACCGAUGUCUUUGGAGAUACUUCCAUCACUCUUGACUGCCAAGCUGGAGAAUGUAUGCACUAUACCAUGGUUCCUGGCUUCAAGGUUCCUGAAAGACCCGACAAUAGCAAAAUGGUUGCCCUUAGUAUCGCUUUGACCGCCUUUUUCGUGGCCGGAGCUUCUUGGAUGUUCUGGUAUUGUGGCAGGAACCGGGCCCACAAGUACCCCGCUUUCUAUGGCAGAAGUCACGUCAAUCCAGCCGAACAAGACGCGCUAUCCGCCCAUGUGCCAACCGACAUCACCUUUUCCAAAAUUGCGUAUUCUAUCAACCACUCUACCAACAAUUCCAAGGCUGUAUUGCGGCAGGUUUCUGGAAAGGCAAAGUCAGGACAGCUCUUGGCGAUUAUGGGAGCUUCCGGGGCUGGCAAAAGCUCGUUACUUGACAUUCUUGCGAAGAAGAGCAAGGCCGGCUUUGUCACGGGUGAUAUUUUGAUUAACGACAUGCAAAUUUCAAACGACCAAUUCAAGUCGCUGAUCGGGUAUGUCGAUCAGGAGGAUACGUUGAUGAGCACGCUUACGGUUUAUGAAGCUGUACUCUGUUCAGCUAUGCUCCGACUCCCAAAGGAUAUGAGUCUUGAUGCCAAGAAGAUCAGGACACUCGAAACUCUGGACGAACUUGGAAUACUGCAUCUCAAAGACGCUUUCAUCGGAAGAAGCGGCCGUAGAUCUAUCUCAGGAGGCGAAAAACGACGAGUAUCGAUUGCCUGCGAACUAGUGACGAAUCCCAGUAUCCUAUUCUUGGACGAACCAACUAGUGGGCUGGACUCAUUUAAUGCGUAUAAUGUUGUUGAAUCUUUGGCUCAAUUAGCAAAGAACUACAAACGCACAAUCAUCUUGACGAUUCAUCAACCACAGAGCAAUAUCGUCUCGAUGUUUGAUCAACUAGUUUUAUUAGGAAAUGGAGGGAGACUGAUUUACUCCGGUGCAUUCGAAGCUUGCCAUGAAUACUUUUCCCAAAUUGGACACCCGUGUCCAGCUGGUUAUAACAUUGCCGAUUUCCUAAUUGAACUGACGAUGAAAUACCGAGCAAACAACCCCAAAAAUGUCAGUGGUCACUCGCAGGUGGAUGGACCUACUCAGCUACUUCGCGAUAGUGAAGAGAGUGGAAGCUACGAGCCAGCGGGGGAUGAGACCGAGUUGCUCUUACGCAAUUCAUCCGAGGGAUCGAGGACUUCCAGCUCUACACUACAAGCGCUCAGAAAUAGACUCACAACCAAACAAGACGUCGAGUCAGAAGAUUUCAGUUCACUCGACCAGCUUGUUGAAAGCUUUGAAGCAUCAGAAAUAUCUCAAUCAUUUGAUAAGGAAUUCAAGACCAUCCAGAACCGCGGCUUGGUAAUUGGGGCAGGUGUUGGGGAUGAACUGUAUAAUUACCUGGUCGCUCGUAGUAGAGAUCGAGCGGGAUUUUUCCGACAGUUCUUAAUCCUCAGUAGUCGGGCUUUCAAGAACCUUUACCGAAAUCCAAUGUUGAUGUUAUCACAUUACUUAUUAGCAAUCUUUCUUGCAGGGGUUUGUGCGUCACUUUUCCAUGGAGUCACAUUGGACAUUGCAGGUUUCCAAGGACGAAUGGGCCUAUUCUUUUUCAUUCUGGCCUUAUUUGGGUUUUCGUCGUUGACAGCGAUCACGAUUUUUUCCGAAGAGCGGAUCCUGUUUAUGCGAGAGCGGUCGAACAACUACUAUUCGCCAUUCAGCUACUUCCUCUCGAAGACGAUCUUGGAUAUCAUUCCUCUACGGAUCCUUCCACCCUUCAUCCUCAGCUGUAUUAUCUAUUAUCCCGUAGGAUUGGUGCCUACAUUGGAACAGUUUUGGAAAUUCGUCCUCGUCUUGAUCGCUUUCAAUCUCGUCUCCUUCGGCCUCGUCCUCUUCAUCAGUCUCGUCUGUGACGACGUCGGUGUCGCCAACCUUGUCGGUAGCUUGAUCAUGCUAUUCAACCUAUUAUUUGCAGGUUUACUUGUCAAUAGGGAAAAGUUACCAUACGGUACUGCCUGGCUACAAGACAUUUCAUUCUAUCAUGCGGCCUUUGAAGGACUCUUGAUCAAUGAAGUCCGCUAUCUGACCUUGAAGGAUCAUCGUUACGGUGUCGACAUAGAAGUCCCUUCCGCCAGUAUCCUGUCCCUUUUCGGAUUCAGAACAACUGCCUUUUGGUAUCCCGAUAUGGCAAACUUAGCAUUCUUGUUCCUCUUCUUUAUGACUGUCUCAUUCUUGACCUUGGUCUUUGUUGUCAAAGAACGUCGGUAAUUUGAAAUUAUCUCAGAUCCUUUCUUCUUCUUUUUUUUUCAAACUUGUAAAAUUGUUUUUUUGUU